UCAAGGCUCUGCAUACUAUUUCACGUUGAAGAGUAUUACACCGACGACGGCAACGAUGUUGCAUUUACUAGUCAUCCUUUCGGUUACCAGUUUUACACUAGCAGCCUCACAAACGAAAGUACUUCAAACAAGGAGUUACGAUCCAUCUAUGGUUGCAUUCUGGCCUUUGAAUGCAGACCAUGGCACCGUUGAUCAAAUCGGUUCAAAUGACGGCCUCCCAACUGGUGUUACAGUUGAUAAUACAAAACAUGGUGAUAUUUGUAGUGCAUACAGCUUCGCUGGUAAUAAAAACUCAUUCAUCGAAUUUCCCAACGACGGUGGCUUUGAUACACACUAUUCAAUAACAUUACUUGUAUACGUUUACCCAACUGGUGCUGCUGGGCCAAUAUUUAAUUUUAAACGAGAUGGAUGGGGGAGUCAUCUGUGGCAAACCGGUGCAAAUCAGGAAUUUGUUCGCAUGACGCGACGUAGCACCCUUUCAUUCACUGAAGAUCUAAGGGCCGAUGUACUCGUCCAGAACGAAUGGAAUUUUUUGGGAGCAACGUACGACUACAAUAGUGGCGAGGAAAAACUAUAUUUGAAAGGUGUUGUAGUGAAUAGUCGUAAUAUUGGUUCAAUGGAAAUUUCAACUAAUUAUGAAGCUCGUAUGGGAGUACAUGAUACUGAUACCCGGUAUUAUAAGGGUUUGAUAACAUGUAUGCAAGUAUAUAACCGUGCGUUGUCGCCUGACGAAAUAAUAGAAGCUGAGAAGCUAUGUACUAAAUGUCCAGCAGUUGUAAGUGGUGAUCCUCAUUUGACAACCUUUGAUGGACGUGCGUAUAGUUUCCAAGGUACAUGUUGGUAUACACUGGUGAAGGACUGCUUAAAUACUAAUCCUGAAUUUGAAAUCCGUGCUAAUUUUGCUCCCCGGGAUGAUGUUGACGUUCUGAAGACGAGAACUGUUGCUAUAAAUGUAACUGUUGGCGAUGAAAGCAUUAUUGUGGACAGAAGCAACAAAAUAUCUGGUAAUACCAACGAUUUAAAGUCCUGGCAAAGAAAUAUAGAUGUAAGCUUCAAUAACAAUACAGUCAUGAUAUCAUUCACGGUGAUGGAUACAACGUUCACUCUGCACUGGAAGGGAAGGAAACACAUCUUCACUGCAGACGUUUCAGAUAUAGCAUACCAUGGGAAAGUUUGUGGUUUGCUUGGCAACGCUGAUGGUGAUCCUCACAAUGAUUUUAUGAUGCCUGAUGGCAAAGUGUCUAAAGAUGUAAAUGAAUUUGGAGUGACUUGGAAAGUAGCUGACACGAGAUGUGAGUAG